AGGAAACCCCAGAACUUCAAUUCACCAGGUUACUGUAGGGAUACUGUAGAUUUCCAAAAAUUCAGAAAUUUCAGAAAACUUUCCAAGACACCCAGUGUUCAAGAGUACAAAGUGAAGAGACAAUCCGAGCGAUCGCCAAGUUUCAUUUCAUCUCACGCUUCAUCUCAAAAGUCGGAAAGAAGUCCAUCAGAAGUCAGGAUUCCGGUUACGGUAGCCCAUGGACAACAAAAUAGACCCAUUGAAAAACGUCAAAGUCCAGAGGAGCUGGAUUACGGUAGAUUCCCAGAGAACCGAAAUGUCAAGGAUCUACCGUAUACCCGAGGAGUUUCCAAAACUCUAAGUGACAAAACAGAGCGGUACAGUAAUCCUACAGUAGGCCCUAAAAACGUCCAUAUCCCAUACAUUAGCCCGGAAAAUGAGAGGUCAGAGGGGACGCCUGAACUACAGUAUACCCGAGGAAUUUCCAAGACGCCAAGUGAUAAGGACUACAAAAGAGAGAAGAGUCCAUCUUCUACGGUUCAUAUUCUAUACAAUAAUCCGGAAAAAGAGAGGUACGGUAGUUUUUGA